UUAAGAAAAAAAAUGCACACAAUUCCUAUGUUUUCAUUAGUAUGUAAUCAUAACUGGGGAGGUGACUAUAAUUAAAAGAAAUUAUCCAAUACUAUUAUAAAUACGUCCUGAUAAUAAAUUAAAGUGAAAUCAAACCACAAUUUAUUCCCUGGUGCUGAAUUUGGAAAAUUAUUUCUCCAGGUAAAACAAGGAAAUGCUUUUGUUUAAAUAUAAUACGUAAUAUUAAUACGUAUGAAAAGAAUGUUACACGCGUGCGGAACUGUGAAUCACGUGCCGUUUGGCGCCAACUCUAGUUUCUCGUUCCGUGUUUCUUCUUUUAACUAGCGAUUGUGUUGCAGAGCGUGCGAUUGGUUCUGUGUAGUUUGCGAGCACUGCAAUGAAUAAAAGGAAAAUUUCUCAAACUAAAGGAACAGAUCCAAAAACUUCUGAGUUUGCUUUCUUUAAGAAAUUGAAGAAGGAUGCAAGCGAUGGAUUUCAUUUACGUCCACUGCAAAAGGAAUCUCGUCAAUCAUCUAAGAAGUCAGAAUCCACAGACUAUUCCAGAGAGAAGAUGGGUGAUGUCAGGAUCGGAAGUAAUUGCGACAAUUCUUCAAGGAUCAUUGAGCACGUAUCAACUGUAAGGGCAGACUCAUGUUUCUCACCUUCUGUAAAAGCUUGGAAUAAAUCAGGCUUGUACUGCAUCAGCUACACGCCAAAGGGCUCCCAGGAUUAUAGUGACAAAUUCAAAUCCCAGCGAAUAUUUUCACAUGAAGAUCAGCAUGCGCAUGGAGAAGUUUUUGCUAGAAAGAGACAAAAAUUACGACUAAGUGCUGCAGAUGCCUUGUUUACAGACCUAGAGAAGCUCUGUUCAAAAGGGCAUGAUAUUAUUUCCAUGCUCCUUAGUCGGCUGUUCCCUACGAGCACUGAAGAAAAUAAAUAUGAGGAUACACAUCCAGGAAAAGAAGCGAAUGGUGCAAGAUAUGAUUUACCUGAUUCUCGAAAGUCAGAUGAUCAAUUUAAGGAGCAAUAUCGGAUACCUAAAACGAAGCUUCUUGGACUUGAAUCAAGCCCAAACUUGAGAGAUCUUGUGUUGUCUCCUUCCUAUCUCAGACUAGAUGGGAGAUUUAAUCUGCACUCGAAGUUUCCAACCUAUGAUUCAAACAAUUUUCCGCCUCGAAUAACGGAACCUGACUGCAAACAAAGUGCAACUCAAAGUUUCGGUGUCGCAACCAAGGGCGAUGUAAUUCCUGAACCUUUGCUUAACGAAGCAGCAAAUGCUACCAGACAUGGUUUGCAUGAUUCUCGGGAGUUAGAUGUUCAAUUUGCAGAACACCAUCAAAUACCUAAGAGGAAGCCUCUUGAACUUGAAUCAAGUUCAUCCUUCAAUGAUCAUUUUCUGUCUCCUGUUUUUCUGCGAUCAUUUGAGAUGAUUAACCCUCAUGCCGACUUUCAACCUUAUCCACUCAACUUUCAACCUCUGCUCAGUAUGACAGAAGCUAGAAGCAAUUUUGGUGGAACUCCAAGUUUCAUUGACAAGAGUGAUGUAACCCGAGGGUUUCUGAGUAAUAACCAAGAUCGUGAAAUCUUUACAUCCAAUCAUUUCAAAGAGCUGGGGAUACCAGAGAAAGAAUCGAUUCCUCUUAUGGAAAAAGAUUUUGACUACACUGCAAAUGCGACAAAUUUUCCUAUCACUUACAUGCAUACAAAGCCAAAUAUGCCCCCUGAAUUAUCAAUUUUAGGCCAACCUGAAGAGCAGACAUUACAUAAUACAUUAGAUAGAUACCACUUUAGUCCCUCAUUCUCGCUACUGGACAAAUCACAGAACUUCAGUUCAAUAUUGGAUUCUGGUUUCUUAAGAUAUCAAGAAGUCAAGUUUGGAAGAUAUGUCUAUGAAGACAUGGACACAAAUUUUAACCAUACAGCAUUGUCUCUGUCACACAGUAAGCACUACUUUAAUGUUCAGGAAAAUUGGAAGAAUGACACGUCAUGUGAUCAAGACAUGUUCUUUUCACCAUACAAACAUUGGGUCGGAAGGACAGUUUCUAGUGCCUACCAUCAUCAUCCUAAUCUGGAAACCUGGCUUCCAUCUUCACUAGAUGAAUGUCAGAGGAGCUUAUCUCUAACUAGUUCCCAUUUAAAUUGCCAAAGUUCAAGUUCAAGAACUUUACAAUUGUCACAAAGGGAAAGUGUGCCUUCUCUUUUUCAAAUUAAUGAUAAUGACGAGCCAGAAAUGGAUGGUGAAAAUCACGAGGAAGUGCUUUAUCAUUUUAGGAAAAGCUUGAUUGAAAUAUAUAACUCUUCUUUUCUCCAUAUGUCCAUGCCCAUUUCCUUUGGAUGAUAGUGACUAUGCCAAUGAGCAAGAGCAAACGCAGAAGCUGCUCCAUUAGAGUCUAACACCCCAGAAUGUUUGAUCAAACGUUACCCUGCACAUGUUUCUGGUUAAUUUCGGACUGUUACGCCAUGUGUUUACAAAAAGACACGUCUAUCAAACUUCACCUUUUGGUGGAAAUUAGUGUUGUUACUUUGCUGGAUCUUUGAUAAUUCGGAGCAUUAAACGAACCUUGUCUAUACUUUUAAUUGUACAAAUAUCUAAAGUGACUGUAAAAUUGUGACGUAUCCAAAGAACUUUCCCGUGAUUCACCAGGAAAAGCAGUACGAUUUUUUGGCAUUUAUCAUGUCUGUAAUGCUAAACAUCAAGAAUUUAAUUUCACGAAUGUUAAAAUUAUUAAAAGAGUGUAACAAAUUUUUGCAGCUAACAUUUAUAACCGACUUACUUGCCUUUGUCAAAAAGAUUACGAGUUACUCUCGUAACCAUUUUUACAAUCCUCACGUUAAGCAAACCACAAACUUGAAUGCAAAAUUAUCUCUAGCUUCUUUCUCUUGUAUUCUUUGGAGUGGUCUUCAUGCCACUCCAGAUUUCAAUUUGGUUACGCUCUUCUUCUCUAUGUAUGGUAUUGAUGAAGGCCUACAUCAAAGUCUCCGAACCACACGCCCCACGGCACCGUGUGAGAGUAUGGGCACAUGAAAAAGGUAGUAAAUACUGUUCUCGUUUGCUUUUCUAAUUUUCCAUAAAGUCCACAUCAUAAGUGAGA